AUGCCUCUCAUACACCGUGGCUACUCCGUGCACAUAGAAUCAGACGGACAAGAGCUUCCUCAUUACCAGGCGGAGGUGGUAAACGACAGAACCAUCACUUGUUGGAUACCGAGUGAAGUCGGAAAGGCCUUUGGAGUCGCUUUCUCAGUCACCGGAAGCCAUGGGCACAACCACUAUACCGUGGAUGUCAGAGCCGACGGUCGUGACUUGUACAGAGUGGGAGGUGAAGACGAAGUCGGCGACGCGGGCUUAGUGGCUUCCCGCCGAAUCUCAGAGACUGAACAGGAGCGCUUUGUGUUCUCUGAGGUUCACUUCACAUCGGACGAUGCCGCGGAGGAUACGGUAAAGACUCCAGUAGAGGAUGUUGCAGUCAUUCAGGUCGAGAUAUGGGCCGCCGAGGAGUCUGUGGAGAAGAUACCGGUCAAGUACAUCGUAGAGCCGCUGGAUGACAUCCGUAUCUCUGAAAGAUCUAAGCUUCUGGGCGUGAAUCAGGUCACAUCGGGGCCCGCUGAAACUUACGACCCGGAGGACUUUGGCGAUGAGUGCAUCGGGUACGAAGCAAUCGGCCACAAGCCUUAUGCCGUCUUCCGCUUCAAACACCGUCCACAAGCUGUCCUUCAGGCUAUGGGAAUCAUACCACGACCCGCUGGACAACCUUCUCCCCGAGCCCUCUCUGGGCCCUGCUCUACUCUCCAGACUCGUAAACGCCCCAAUAACCCAGCACAAACAUCGCAGAAGCGCCGUCGCGUGAAAGAGGAAGAAUCCAACGCUCAGUCAAUCGUGGACGACGAACUCGAAGCGAAGUGUCGCAAGAUCAAGGCUAAGGUAGCUGCCGAAAGGGCGGAAGCAGCCGCACAUGAGGCGAAGGCAUUGGCAUUAGAAGCCGAACUGGAGGAGAUUAUGACUACAGCUCGUGCCGGAAGGACUCGAGUGAAGGCGGAACGCGCGCCUUCGCCCAUUCGCUUGCUUCAGUCGGGCGAGGUAGUCGAUCUCACGAACGACUGA